AAGAAAGAAACCAGCAUAGAGACGGACGGCUGAAAAUUGAUUAGAGGAAAUUCCGGAGACGAGUUCCUCGGUGAAGAAACUGAAACAAUGUAUCUGCAUCUAAGUCAGGUCGCCGGCGGAGCUGCUUCCACUUUAUCCACACAAACGCUUCAUCCCCCAAAGUUCACCCACCCGAUUCCGCCUCUUUUCUCCAAUCGCCGCCCCAAAUUCUUAGCUACUACCACAUCCUUAUCCAUCCUCAGAACUGUAGUCGUCAAUGCUGAUGUGACAAACAAAUCGAAACCCGCCACCGCUUCUUUCACCGGUUCCGAAGACCAACCCAUCUCCAUCGUCAGCCAAGAAAAUGUUCCUCUUGAAGGCGUCAUCCAAUUUGAAAAACCCGAUACGAAUUCCCGUUUCAGGAGAUGGGGCCAUGUGGCUUUACUUUCUGGUGGAGAUGUGUUGGCGAUACUUUUAUUCUCCGCCAUAGGAAGGUUUAGUCAUGGUUUCUCAGUUUUUGAUGCUGAAACUUUGCGAACCGCUGACCCUUUUAUUGCUGGGUGGUUUUUAAGUGCUUAUUUUCUUGGGGGAUAUGGAGAAGAUGGCCGAGGGGUGAAUGGUAAGAGCAAAGCCAUUACCGCUGCUGUCAAGUCUUGGGCUUUGGGUGUUCCUUUGGGAAUAUUUAUAAGGGCUGCAAGUGUGGGUCACAUCCCUCCUACGAGAUUUAUUGCGGUUACUAUGGGUAGUACCGCUCUGUUACUUGUAGGAUGGAGAGCACUGCUAUCCAACCUUUUAGUCGAUGAUAAGAGCAAGAAGAACGACAUAUACAAGCGUGGCAGUGCAUUUGAGCUAUUUGAGGUCUCCAAGUUAGAAUUGAGAUUGUGUAGGAACUUUUCUUUCCGUGGGUGCAGUACCAAUUUGUUACCGGAGGUUUACAUAAUUGCUCACAUCAUUGGUACGAAGAUGGUGAUACAUGCCUCCAAUCCAAUCUGCUCCUGAUAUUGUUAACAUACCAAAGAUUGUAUUCAAAUUCAUUUUGUAAGUAUUGGAAAAUUAAGGGAACAAUGUUAUGAAAUACUUGCAACA